CCCACUCGGCCGUGGCUGCCGCCAGGACCGGCCCCUGCCCCCCCGAGCCCGGGGCCGACAGCUCGCCCGGACAGCCGGACGGCCGGAGGGCAGAGUUGCGGGAGGGCUAGCUCGGCUGCGGGGGUCCCGAGGGCCCGGCCGACGGGGCCGGGGGUCGGGGGAGAAUGGAGCCCCUGGCCAGGCAGGGGGGGCGGUUUUGAGGAGCCCCCGGGGCGGAGGGUCGGGGGGUCGGGAGUUCGGGGGGGACACGGACCAUGACCUCAGUGUGGAAGCGGUUGCAGCGCGUGGGGAAACGAGCCGCCAAGUUCCAGUUCGUGGCGUGUUACCAGGAACUGGUGGUCGAGUGCACCAAGAAAUGGCAGCCGGACAAGCUGGUGGUGGUAUGGACCAGGAGAAACCGCCGCAUCUGCUCCAAGGCUCACAGCUGGCAGCCCGGGAUCAAGAACCCCUACCGGGGCAUGGUGGUCUGGAUGGUGCCCGAAAACGUGGACAUCUCUGUGACCCUCUAUAGGGACCCCCACGUGGAGCAGUAUGAGGCCAAGGAGUGGACAUUUGUCAUUGAGAAUGAGUCCAAGGGGCAGCGGAAGGUGCUGGCCACUGCUGAGGUGGACCUCUCGCGCUAUGCGGGGCCCGUUCCCUCCCAAACGCCUCUACGCUUGAAGCUGAAGCCCAAGUCCGUGAAGGUGUUGAACGCGGAGCUGAGCUUGACGCUGUCCGGGGUGCUGGUCAGGGAGGGCCGGGCCACGGACGAUGACAUGCAGAGUCUGGCCAGCCUGAUGAGCGUGAAGCCCAGCGACGUUGGCAACCUGGACGACUUUGCCGAGAGCGACGAGGAGGAGCCCCAAGGCCACGGGCCUCCCGAAGCCCGGGCUAACCUCCCCCAUCCAGCUGGUGGCCCGGACACCUCCAGGGAGCUGAACACUCUGAGAGAGGAGGAAGAGGAUACAGGCCAGCCUGGCUCGAGAGAGACGCCCACGAAGAGAGCAGCGGCCCCAGCGAUCCCCACGGCUCCCGCCCGGUCAUCCCGGGCCCCAGCAGCUGAGGGGGAUGGCCAGAGCAGCGAGAAGCCAGCCUCAUCCCCUGUAAGUGCUCCGGCCCCUGUCCCCCCGAGCAGGGCCUCCCGGGGCCAGGAGGGCCAGCGAGGCAAAGGGCACGAGGGCCCGCCGAGCUCGGGUGAGCAGCCUGGGGCCGAGGCUGCAAGCGAGGGGGGCAGGGAAGCCAUCGAGGCCUGGGCGUCCCCAGGACCCCCUCCGGAAACCAGGUCCAAGUGGCAGCUCCCUGCGGUGGCCCCCCGGUUCCGAAAAGCCUCUGACGCCCACCAACGUCGGCCCCCUCCACCCAACGAAAACGGGGUCCCCGGGACUGAGGGGGGUUGCUUGGGACUCCAUCUCAGGGAGGGCGAGGAGCCGAUCCGAGGGGUCACCUCUGGGGACGAGUCUCAGGAAGGGGCACCUCAGCUCAGAAGGGAAAACCAGGGUGGGGCGGAGGCCAGGAAGGACCCUCGGAGAGGGGAGCAAGGAGUCUCCAGCCAGGAGAGGGAUGGGGCAGAGGCCAGGGGCAGAGGCGAGGCCCUGCCUGGUGGGGCGGAGGGAGUCACGAGGGCCUGGGAGGGUGGGGCGGGGGCAGCUGCCGGCCAGCUGCCUUCGGGCCAAAACCAAGGCCCCGGGGCCGGCGCCCAGACAGAAGAAGCCGAGGCCGAGGCCGGGGGAGGGAUGGGGGAGGAGAUGACGGCGGGAGAGGCGAGGGCCGGAUGGGAGCCCGCUGCAGGCCAGGCUGGGGCUGGAGGCCGGGCAGCCGCGGCUGCCCUUGAAGGAGCCCCCGUCCAGGGGAGCAGGAGGGCAGAAGCAGGGGCGGGCCAGGCCGAGGAGAGGAGUUCGGUAGGGAGGGGGGGACUCUUGAGGAUCCCCCUGAGCCCAGCUGAGGGGUGCCUGGGGGUCCCCGUGAGCUCCUCUGAAGGGAGCCCGGGCGUCCCUAUGAGCCCGGCUGAGGGCUUUCCGGCCCAGGACACCGGGGAUGCAGAGGAGGGAGCCGCAGGACAGUGGAUGCGGCGCUCUCCGGGCCGGCCUCAAGGAGCUGGGGAGGGGCCGGAGGGGGCGGGGUCUGGAGGAGCAGGGCCCGGGCCAGAAGGCCGAGGCCCCUCCGAAGCGGCUCCCCAGAGGGCGGGGCGGGAUCUUUCAGCAAAGGACGGGGGGAGAGAAGGCCCUGGGCGAGACUCGGAAGGGCUGGGAGCUAAGGGAGCUGCUGGGGAUGGGGUUGAGAACCUGGCCGAAAGAGGCCUAGACCAGGAGGAGGGAACGGAUGGAGCCUGGGAGAGAGGGGAUGGUCUCAGGAAAGGGUCUGAAGAGACUCCUCAAGGGGCAGGGCCCCGGGGAGCAGGGACAGAAGAGGUGACACAACCUGAGGUGGCAGAGGCAGGGGAGGAGAUCUCACCUGGGGAAGUAGAGGCAGCAGGGGAGACACAACCUGGGGGAAAAGGGACAGGGGAGGAGAGUCAGCCUGAGAUGAUAGGGACACGGGAGGAGAGUCAACCUGAGGUGACAGGGACAGGAGAGAAGACAGAACCAGAGGCAGGGGAGAAAGGAGAGGAGACGCAGCCUGAGGUGGUAGAGACAAGGAAGACUACACAGCCCGAGGUAAUAGAGGCAGGGAAGGAGACACAGCCCGAGGCAAUAGAGACAGGGAAGGAGACCCAGCCUGAGGCGACAGAGACAGGGAAGGAGACACAGCCCGAGGCGAUAGAGACAGGGAAGGAGACCCAGACUGAGGAGGCAGAGACAGGGAAGAAAUCAGAGGCUGAGGUGGCAGAGACAGGGAAGGAGAGACAGCCUGAGGCAGCAGAGAGAGGGAAGGAGAUACAGCCUGAGGGAGCGGGGGCGGCCCAAACUGUACCAGCUGCCUGGGCUGCUCUGGCCGAGGAGUCCGGAACCCCUGAAGUAAGGGAGCCCAAGCCCUCAAGCCCUCCCCGAGCUGCUCUCUCCACGGUGGGGAAGGAGGGGGGGUUCCAGGGCCCUCCUGCCCCUUCCACGCCGACAUCCCCUGCCCAAGAGUGGCCUGAAGAGGAUGGGAGGCUCCAGGGCUGGGGCUCAGAGCCUUCCCCGAGCACCAAGGCCGCAGCCACAUUCAUCAGCUCCAGUCAGUCCCUGCUACAGUGGUGCCAGGAGGUCACCGCCGGCUACAGUGGGGUCCGAAUCACUAACUUCACCACGUCCUGGCGCAACGGCCUGGCCUUCUGUGCCAUCCUGCACCACUUCCACCCGGACAAGAUUGAUUUUUCCUCCCUGGAUCCUCUCGACAUCAAACAGAACAACAAACAGGCCUUUGACGGCUUCGCAGCCCUGGGUGUCUCGCGCCUGCUGGAGCCGGCGGACAUGGUACUCCUAGCUGUGCCGGACAAACUGAUCGUCAUGACGUACCUCUGUCAGAUUCGGGACUUCUGCACUGGCCAGGAACUGCGGCUGGUCCAAGUGGAAGGUGAGGGCCGGGCCAGCACCUACCGCGUGGGUGUCACAGAGUCUGACCUGCCAGAGUCCCUGGGCUCCUGCCACCUGGCCCAGCGCCUUCGAGAGCACGGAUCAGAGGUCAUGGCCGCAAGAGAUGCUGCGAGUGAAGCAAAAGAUGCUGGGAGCAAGACCAACAAAGCUGCAAAGGAUUCAGGGAUGAAUGCCAGCAAAACAGCAAAGGAUGCUGGGAAGGAGGCCAACAAAACAGCAAAGGAGGCUGGGAAGGAGGCCAACAAAACAACAAAGGAGGCUGGGAAAGAGGCCAACAGAACCACAAAGGAUGCUGGGAAGGAGGCCAACAAACCUGCCAAGGAUGCUGGGAAGGAAGCCAACAAAAUUGCAAAGGAUGCCAACAAAAGUGCGAAGGAUGCUGGGAAGGAUGUCAACAAAGUUGCUAAGGAUGCUGGUGCAAAAACCGAGAGUGAUGCUAAGGGAGCCGGAGAGGAGGCAGAGAGAGAUGGCAUUUCAGCAGAAAAUGCUGGGGUCAGGGUACUAGCUGCCAAGGGUGAUGGCAGAGCAGUUCCAAAGGAUACCGGGCAGGAUCGUAGUCCAACGGCAAUGGAUUCUGGGAUGAACACCAACACUACCAAAAAGGAUGCUGAGGUUGAUGUCCAAGAGGUUGCCAAAGAUGCUGGGAGCAAUGACCACGUGACCUUAAAGGAUCCCGGGAACGAUGUCAACUCAGUCAAGGACUGUGGGAACCCGGGCCCACCAGAAGGGCUGGCGAAUGGGGCGGUGGGGCCAGGGGCAGGAGUGCGAUUGAGGCGGUCAUCGAUGAACGGAGAGGCUGGGGUCGGAACGGGGCCCACCCCCCCGCCGCGGGCCCACGGCUCCUUCUCGCACGUGCGGGAUGCCGACCUCCUGAAGAAGAGACGCUCCCGGCUCCGGAGCAGCUCCUCCUUCUCCGUUGAUGAAGUGGACACAGGCGGAGCCUCGGACACCAUCAGCCCGGAGUCUGGGCCUGCCCCUGCCCCUCAGAACCCUGCAGAAGGAACCCCCGAGGCCGCCGAGCCCCCGCUGAGCCCCGGCUCCAGUGCCAGCCCUGGAGAGGAGGCUGUGAUGCAGCGAUUCCAGGACACGAGUCAGUACGUGUGCGCCGAGCUCCAGGCCCUGGAGCAGGAGCAGAGACAGAUUGAUGGGCGAGCUGCCCAGGUGGAGAUCCAGCUCCGGAGCCUCAUGGAGACAGGUGCGAACCGGCUCCAGGAAGAGGUGCUGAUCCAGGAGUGGUUCACUCUGGUUAAUAAGAAGAACGCUCUGAUCCGGAGGCAGGACCAACUACAGCUACUAAUAGAAGAGCAAGACCUGGAGCGGAGAUUUGAGCUGCUGAGCAGGGAGCUGAGGGCCAUGCUGACCAUCGAAGACUGGCUGAAGACAGCCGCCCAGCAGCACCGGGAACAACUCCUGCUGGAGGAACUGGUGUCACUGGUCAACCAGAGAGAUGAACUGGUGCGGGACCUGGAUACUAAGGAAAGGAUAGCCCUGGAGGAGGACGAGCGGCUGGAGAGGGGCCUGGAGCAGAGGCGUCGUAAACUGAGCCGCCAAUUUAAUCGGCGGGAGCGGUGUCUGCUGAGCUGAGGCCGAGGCAGCCUGGAGAGGGGCGCCCGGUCCCCCAAUUUUCCUAAGGGUGGGGGCCCACCUUGUAAGAGGAUGCCCAGACUGGGUUUUUUUAUUUUCUGAUCAGAUAUCUGGGGGGGCAAAGCAUCCCCCCGCUCCCCGUUGCUGUUGCCAAAGGUCCCAGGGGGUUCUUGGCUCUGGCUGGACCCCUGGAAUUCCCUCCCUUUACACCAAAGGGCACCUAGCGGGUGGUCCGGGCUAGGGAGCAGAGGGGCGCCCCGGUUUCUGGGUCAGCGGAGGGGACAUCCUUUCUGGAUCCCCACCAGUCUCCUUUCCAACUCCUAGGGGGAGCUGGGAUCUGGCCCUCUUCCCUCCCGUGAGCCCCUUCCCCCCAGCUCUGUCCUCCGACCCCACCAACUACCCUCCACCUCGAACUUGACCUCCAGCGGGACCCUCCCUUCCAUUCCUUGCCCAAAUCCCUCCCUGGUCCUGUCCCGCUCCUCCUUCCCACAUCAGGCCUCGCCUCCGGCUCCCGGUUUCCCCAGGGACUUGUGGUCCUGGGAAUUCUUGGCCCUCCUGGGAGCAAGAGGUGGCGCCCGUGGAUGGGCCUGCGGUCGGGGCGGGAGAUGGGGAUAGGGGAGGAUGGUGGAGAUUUGCAACAGGUCCGGGAGGCCCCUUCCUCCUGCCCAACCUCUGAAACACUGGGGGAGACUCAGCCCGCCCCCCACCACUCGUUGAAAGGGGGAAAAACAAGCAUGUGCCUGGAUCCCGCCCCGCUUGGGGCCUGACACCUAAGGAGAAGACCCUGCAACGGAGGCCGGGCUGAAGAGGCCGAGAACUCGACGCCCAACAACUUGGGCCAAUUUGGGCCAGGGGCCGCCAUUGACCUCCCCCACCCCCACCCCUAAUCCAAUGCUGUAUUUAUUUAUGUGUGUGAGUGUGCGUGUGUGAGUACGAGGGAAGGGGGCGGCGAGCCUGGGAGCCACCAUAAAUCACAUGGCUCCCUGGGGCCUCCCCCAAUCCUCUCCCAUCCCCCAGGGAGGAGGGGACAUGUCAGCAGGGAGAGGUCGGUCCUAAGGUGGGAAUGCGACUGUCGGCCCAGGCCCGGCCUCCUGGGGAAGGAGGUGAUGAUAAAUGGUGGCCAGACAGAUUAACCAGUUUGCCAGCUCGGGCCGCUCCCGCAGUUCCCCCACGCCAGGGUGGGUUUGUGGAAUAUUCUGGAAGAGACUUUGUGAGCAAUAAAGCCAGACGUGGACACCGCAA